AUGCUCAGCGAUGCGGAUUCCUUCACAAAAUGCAUCCAGGACUCAACGCGGAAAACGCUCUCGGUUGCCGCAGAAGAAGUUUGCCUUUGCAUCUGCGAAACAAAAUCCACGUGUUAUUCUUUAUGCGUCGCUCGCAGCACUGGUGAUUUCAGUCAGGUAAAGCUUCUGAGAAGGAACCUGCUAUGCCAGCUGCAAGAGGACCGCGAAAAAGAAUGGAUGUCGAGAGCGAAGGAGUUUGAAGAGGCGUGGGUGGACAAGAACCCGCAAAAGGCAUAUGCUUUAUUAAAACAAUAUAGCGGCAAAAUGAAAGGAUGUUUUGCAGUCCUCCACACUGCCAAAGGAGUGUUGCAACCUUUCCACUUUGGAUGGAUCAUCUGGAUGGAUGUGGAGGAGGGGUUUGAGGGUUUUCUGAAAGAAAUGGCCUAA